GCAUCGCAUUUCUAAAUGGAGUUGGCUAACUUAGCAAAGUGUUUAUUGUUGGGUCUUAUAAUCCUAUGGAUUCAAAUCCAUGGAAACAAAGGUUGCUUUGAAACAGAGAGAUUGGUGCUGUUAGAUUUCAAGGAAUUUGUUGGGUCAAAUGGAUUAGAUGUAGACUAUCUUCUUUCUUCAUGGGUUGAUGAUUCAAUGAGUGACUGUUGUAAAUGGGAGCAUGUUACGUGCAAUUCUACCACAGGUCACGUGACUAAGCUCUCUCUCAACAAUACACGACAAUUAGACAUAAGGAGUGAUUCGUUUUAUGAUGAUGAAAAUAUUUGGUUUGUAAAAUUUUCAAUGUUUCAGCAGCUGAAAGAACUCAGAAGUCUUAAUUUAUCAUACAAUAGAAUUGGUGGUUUCAUUGAUGACACAGGUUUUGAAACAUUAUCAGAAUUGAAGAAGUUAGAAGUCUUAGAUCUUAGCUCUAAUUAUUUCAAUAAUAGUAUCUUAUCAUCAUUGAAUAAUCUUACAUCACUUAAGACUUUGAUUCUUAGUGACAAUAUCAUGGAAGGUUCCUUCCCUUGCAAAGGUUUUGAAAGAUUAGAGGAGUUGGACAUCAGCUACAAUUGGUUCAAUAAUAGCAUCUUAUCAUCAUUAGGUGCUCUUACAUCACUUAAGACUUUGAUUCUUAGAGAGAAUAGCAUGGAAGGUAUCUUCCCUAUCCAAGAAUUAAUUAGUGACCUGAAGAAUUUGGAAUCCUUGGAUGUAAGUUUGAAUAGAUUCAAUAGCACCCUACCAUUUCAAGAUUUCAAAAGCAAUUUCUCAAAGGUUAGCAAAUUGAAGUAUUUGGAUAUGUCUUGGAAUAAUUUCAACAAUGGUAUAUUGAGCUUCUCAAGCAUAUUUCCUUCCGUUGAGACACUAGACUUGUCUUAUAAUAAUUUGGAAGGGCCACUUUCAUACAAAGACCUUGUUAAACUGAAAAAUUUGACGGUGCUCAAUUUUAGGGGAAACAACUUGAACGGAACUCUGCCAUUGCAAAAAUUAAGUAAGUUGAAGAACUUGAAAUCCUUGGAUGUAAGUGGUAACAGAUUCAAUAGCACCCUACCAUUUCAAGAAUUAUCAACUUUCAAAAGUUUAGAGAUUUUGAAUUUGGAGGGAAAUGAAUUUACUGGAAGUAUUCCUGAAUAUAUGUGGACUCCACCUUCCCUCAAAGUAUUAUCUUUAUACUACAACAAACUCAAUGGCUCUUUACCAAAUCAAAGUUUGUGUGGCUUGAAGGGUCUUCAAGAGUUAGACCUUGGCUAUAACGAAUUUGGGGGUAGUCUUCCUCAAUGCCUUGACAAUUUGACAUCUCUCACAUUCUUAGAUCUGUCUGGAAACCAAUUAACAGGGCACAUUCCUUCAUCUUGGCCAGCUAACCUCAAAUUUAUUGAUCUUAGCUAUAAUCGUUUUGAAGGCAUAUUCUCAGUCAAAAACAUUCCUUCAUCUUCGCCAGCUAACUUCAAGUCCUCCCUCAAAUUUAUUGAUCUUAGCAAUAAUCUUUUUGAGGGCUUAUUCUCAUUCAAUUUAUUGGCUAAUUAUUCCAGCCUUGAGGCACUUAUAUUAAGCGGCAACAACAUUACGUUUGAGACUGGUUGGAUUCCUUCAUUUCAGUUAAAGGUUCUUAUAAUGCAAAGUUGUGGCCUCGACAGCAUUCCUGAGUUUCUCUUUCACCAAUUCAAAUUGGAAGCACUUGACUUGUCACACAACAAAGUAAAAGGAAGGUUUCCUAAUUGGUUGCUUGAGAACAAUGGAGGACUUGAGAUCUUAAAUCUUCAGAAUAAUUCUUUCAAUGGGCAGCUUCAAGAAAUUGGCACAAAGAUGCUUCCGAACAUGAGACAUCUUAAUUUAGCCAGAAAUUAUUUUCAAGGUGAUUUUCUUUUUGCUGUUGGCGAUGACUGUAAAUUGAUGAGUUUAGAUUUGUCUCAUAACAACUUCUCAGGGGAAGUACCGAAGGAACUGCUUUCAAGUUGCAUUUUCUUGACACAUCUGAGGCUAUCUUAUAAUAACUUCCACGGUCAAAUAAUGAUAUUUAACAUCACUCGAUUUGAUUAUCUGCAAUUGAAUGACAACCAAUUUGAGGGAACUCUAGCAAGUUUACUCCCUUAUUUUAGUCACCAAAUGCGUGGCCCAGAGAUUCAAUGGUUAGAUUUGAGCAACAACCGAUUGCAUGGUGAGAUUCCACACUGGAUGGGUAACUUCACAUCUCUACGUUAUGUCAAUUUACAUAAUAAUUUUUUUGAAGGUCGUAUUUCAAAGGAACUUCUUUCAAUCGAGUACCUAGACCUUUCUCACAACAAUUUUUCUGGGCCAUUGCCUUCUUUCUUCCAUGGAAAUUAUUUAGAACAAAUAAAUUUGCAAGGUAACAGAUUCAUUGGUUCAAUACCAGAAGCUUUGCUCAAUAUUUCGACACUGAAGGUAUUAGACUUGAGCAAUAACGAGUUGUCAGGCACCAUUCCUAAUAACACUGGUGAGUUUCAAAAUGACUUGAGAGUUCUUUUAUUAGGAGAAAAUCAUUUAAGUGGCUUCAUUCCAAAUUGGUUGUGUCAGCAAAACUACAUCAGCUUAUUAGAUCUCUCAAGAAACUUUUUGUCUGGGUCCAUUCCCCACUGCUUACAUAAUCUCUCCUUUGGAAAGGAAGAAGGAGAUUUCUAUGAUAGCACAACUGUAAGUAUGUCCUCACAAUACAUGAUUCCCAUAUCACUUCACAAAGGCUUUGACACUUCUGUUUUUUAUGAAGUCAUUGAGGAAGAAAUUGAGUUUUUUACAAAAUAUAGAGCUAGCACGUAUAAGUAUAAGGCUCUCAAUUACAUGUCUGGAUUAGAUUUGUCAGCUAAUAACCUAACAGGUGAAAUUCCACAUAAGCUAGGAGAGCUAUCCCAGAUUCAUGCAUUAAACCUAUCACACAAUCAAUUGAUAGGAUCCAUCCCGAGAUCUUUUUCGAAUUUAUCACAAAUAGAAAGUUUAGACCUCUCUUAUAAUAAUUUAAGUGGAGAGAUUCCUUCAAAAUUGAUAGAUCUAAACUUUCUAGAAGUAUUUAGCGUGGCUCACAACAACUUAUCAGGCAAAAUUCCAGACAUGAAAGGACAGUUCAGUACAUUCGAGAGUAACAGCUAUGAAGGGAACCCAUUUCUUUGUGGACCUCAAGUGGAAAGAAAAUGCAAUGAUAAUAAUGUUGAAUCACCUUCGUCACAAGUGGAGUCACGACAUGAAGUAAGUGGGAAAUGGUAUGAAAUUGAUCGUGGGGCUUUCUUAGUAUGUUUUUCAGUAACUUUUAUCAUAUUCUUUUUGGCAGCCAUCACCUCUCUUUAUAUUCUUCCUCAUUGGCAACAAAGCUUGAUUCAUCACAGUAGAGAAUAUAUGUUUUCAUGUUAUUACUUUUUAUUUGAUAUUUUAUUAAAUUUAGAUAUUCAUUUUGUAUCGUUAAUUAAUGUCAUUAGUUCUAAGAUCUUCUAGAGCUGAUUAUAGUGCUUACAACUUUGUUUUAUUUUGUAUCUUUUCUUUGUUUUGUUUUGUUGUCUUAUUUGUUGCUCUUUUAAGGGGUUUUUUUCAUCACCAUUAGAAGUUAGUUUCUAGUUCAGGGUGUAAUGGGGUAGACCUGUUGGUCUGGGAUCCUUCUUUUGGUGAUUUUCCCCCUCCUAUUCUCUAUUAAUAAAAUCGUUAUGCUUAUAACCAAAAAAGAGUUAUAGAUGAAGUAUACCUAAGGAUUAGUGUGUUUAGUGUGGUUGUAAAAUUUAUUCUUGUUUUCACUUGUAA